GGUGCCACAUGGCCGCUGCAUUUUCUUCCUUGUUCUCAAGCCUCCUGAAUUCAAGCGCCAAAACUUUUCUCCUUCUUUGCUUUUGUCUCUCUCAGUUACCCGUUCCCGAUGGUGGCGAUCAUACGAUGACGGAGAAAUACGGGAACGCCGCCGCCGCCGCCAGCCUCAGCCGAGAAACCCCAUCACCAUCUCAUGCAUCUCGGCAAUAAUGAAUGGAGAAAGAAACGAUCUUUUACAUGAAUUCCGUCUGAUUGUAGCCAUCUUCGCCGUUCUCAUCCCCAACAACCGACACGUCUCCGCCGAUGACGCCACCAUCAUGGCGAGUUUCGCCAAAUCCCUCUCCCCUCUCCCCGUCGGCUGGUCAGGGAAUGACCCGUGUAAAUGGCCCGGCGUGGAAUGCGACGGUAUGGGUCGUGUCAAAUCGAUCAAUCUCUCUUCCAUGUUCGUCACCGGCCGGUUACCUCCGGAUAUCAACCAGCUCUCCAGCCUGAAGACUCUGAACCUCGAAAUGAACAAACUUUCCGGCCCCUUACCUCCAUUUUCGUAUCUCUCUUCCCUGGAGGAUCUCAAUCUCGACAACAACAAUUUCACCUCUGUUCCGCCGAAUUUCCUCUCCGGCCUGACUAAUCUACGAACGAUUAGCAUCAAUGACGUCCCCAGUCUUGCACCGUGGACGUUCCCGGUAGAAAUCACGGAAUCUUCAUCCCUAGUCAGCUUUUCAUGCGGCCGGUGUAACCUCGUGGGCCCCAUCCCCGACAUUUUCGGCUCAAUACCCACCCUCCAGAUCCUGAAGCUGUCCUACAACAACCUCACCGGAGCCCUCCCGCCGUCUCUGGCUCAGUCCGGGAUCCAGGUCUUGGUACUCAACAACCAGCUCUCGGGUCUUUCAGGUCGGGUCGACGUUCUGGGAAAUAUGGAACAGGUGACCCAGAUUUGGCUCCAUGUCAACAAAUUCACAGGCCCAAUCCCCGAUUUUUCCGGCUCCCAAUUCCUCUCCGACCUUGAACUCCGGGAUAACCUCCUCACCGGAGUGAUUCCCAACUCCUUCGGCUCACUUCCUAAGCUCAGCAAUGUCUCAUUGCAGAACAAUAUGUUUCAAGGGCCAAUGCCCAGUUUUCCAAGAAACGUUCAGGUGAAUCUCGGGAACACGGACAGCUUCUGUUACCCUGUCCCCAAACCGUGCGAUCAGGAGGUGAAUCUAUUGCUUGAAGUGGCUAAAGAGUUGGGAUACCCUCUAGUUCUAGCAGAUUCUUGGAAGGGGAACGACCCUUGUGAAGAUUGGGACUUUGUUGCUUGUGAUGUCAGCGGGAAAGUUUCUGUCAUCAAUCUUUCAAAGCAUAACUGGGUUGGGACAAUCUCUCCUGCCAUAGGUAACCUCACUGGAUUAAGACAACUGCUCUUACACGACAAUAAACUCACAGGCGUCAUCCCAGAAACUCUAACUAACUUGCCUCACCUUCAGCUUCUUGAUCUCUCAAACAACAACAUUUCAGGAAAGAUCCCGCCUUUUUCUUCAAAUUUGACCAUUAAAACAGAUGGCAACCCGUUCAUAGGGAUUGACCUGCCAAAGCCAUCUCCGCCACCCCUGUUUCUAGACAAGUCAUCCUGGUCAUCCCAAAAGAGAGAGCAGAAGAACAAGAACAAGAUGACAAAUAAGAAAGGCGAAGUGUCUCAUGGCGUGAUAGCUGCCAUUGCUAUCGCGGGCACCCUACAAAUCGUAGCCAUCUGUUGGGUAAUACACAAGCAGUGCAAGAAGACUAGAAGCAGGAAAGGCAACUCUAAGGAAAAGCUCAACCCUUCCUAUUAUGAUUGCGGAAAUGUCAUGAUCCCCAUUGAAAUUUUAAGAGAAGUGACCAACAACUUCAGUGACCUAAACAUUCUGGGAAAGGGUGGGUUUGGGGUUGUGUACAGAGGGCAGCUUUAUGAUGGGACUCAAAUUGCUGUCAAGAGGAUGGAAUCUAAUGCACUUAGCUCAAAAGGGACUAAUGAGUUUAAGGCUGAGAUUGAAGUCCUGAGUAAGGUGAGACACAGGCACUUGGUGGCACUCCAUGGCUUUUGUGUCAAUGGGAACGAAAAACUUUUGGUUUAUGAGUUCAUGCCACAAGGAACACUAGGUCAACAUUUAUUCCGGAGGGACGGAAACCGACCUCCGUUGACAUGGAAGCAGAGGGUGACUAUAGCAUUGGACGUGGCCAGGGGGGUUGAGUAUCUGCACAGCUUGGCACAACAGAGUUUCAUACACAGAGAUCUUAAGCCUUCUAAUAUUCUUCUUGGGGAUGGGAUGAGGGCUAAGGUUUCCGAUUUUGGGUUGGUAAAGAAUGCCCCUGAUGGCACUAACUCUUUGGAAACUAAGUUGGCCGGAACUUUUGGGUAUCUUGCACCAGAAUAUGCUGCAACAGGGCGAGUUACAACAAAAGUGGACGUGUACUCAUUCGGGGUGGUGCUAAUGGAGAUGAUGACGGGCAGAAAGGCACUGGAUGAGAGCUUACCGGAGGACAAAGUUCAUCUGGUCCCUUGGUUCCGGAGACAACUGGCAAACAGAGAGAAGUUAAAGACCAUUCUUGACCCUUGUCUUGAGCCAGAUGGAGAAACCUUUGACAGAAUAUGCAGAGUGGCAGACCUGGCAGGUUACUGCACGGCUCGCGAGCCUCAACAGAGGCCCGACAUGAGCCAUGCAGUUAACGUCUUGUCUCCCAUGGUGGAGCAAUGGAUUCCCGUGAGCGCAGACGAAGAUGAUGAUGAAAGCUUUGGGGUUGACUUGCAUAUUAGCCUACCUCAAGCGUUGCAGAGAUGGAAGGCGAAUGAAGACAGUAGUGCUUCUGUUAGUGAAGAUAUGUACGAUAGUAGUUGCAACUCUACAACCAUGAUGUUGGGGAGAUUGCCCUCAGGACAUUCAAGUUCUUUUAGAAACUGUAAAUUCUAAUGUAAAUCUUGGAUGAUGGGUAUCUUCCUGCCUGCAGAUUUUAUACUUAGAAAUAAGGUAGAAUUGUAGAUAGAUCUUACAACUAAUUUUGUUGUUCUUGCUUGCUAGUGAUUAGUAUAUAUAUGAAGCUAACUUUUAUAUAUGGUGAACUGGUAUCUCAUUC